AUGGAGCCGACUUGGUCAGGUACAGACUCGUUGAGGGUAGAGGAGGUGGCCUGGAACCAUCCGGAUGCAUGCCGUCUUCGGGAGCAACAGCGCAUCGACAUUGCCGCUCUCUACGAACGUGUAGAUUCCGAGCCUGGCAAGCCGCCCUCCGCGGACGACAUGUCAUGCUUCUGCGUAGUGUAUCAAGACGGCCUUGCAGUUGGCUGCGCCGGUCUUCGAAAGCUCGAUCAAGACUCAGCGGAAUUGAAAAGGAUGUUUGUCACCAAGGAAGCACGCGGAAAAGGAGCGGCUAACGCCGUCCUUGUCUUUCUCGAGCAGAAAGCAGCGGCCUUGGGUGUUCAACGCCUCCUCCUCGAGACUGGCGACAAGCUUCUGGAAGCGCAACGCUUCUACAAGCGCAGCGGCUUUCAAAUCAUUCCCAAUUUUGGAUACUAUCAAGGUGUCGAUUCAUCUAUCUGCAUGGAAAAGAUCUUGUCCGUGCCUUAA